UCAACGGACGAUAACAGGAAAUAAAUUUAACCAAACACAGUUUGAUAAAAUACAGGAUAUAGUGAGCCUUACAUGAAGAAGACUCACCAUGAAGACUCUUCAUGCUCUCAGUUUGGCAACGUUCUUCCUCAGUGCCAAAGCAGAUGACAUCCCGUGCAUGGCCCGUUGGUUUGACCAAGACUCUGUCGUCUGCGUCUGCAAUUCCACGUAUUGUGACACAAUCACGUGGGAUACGUCCAUCCCUCCGCCGGUAAACCCAUACGGUUACUAUUACUCAUUUACGUCAUCUAGAGAUGGACUUAGGCUUAAGAUGAAGCAGGGAUCAUUCGGUGAUUCUUCUGUGCCUAAUAAGUACGCGUUUUACGCGGGAAACGAAACUAAGCAGACGAUAAUGGGUUUCGGUGGCGCUUUUACUGAUGCAGCGACUAUGACGAUGUAUAGUUUAUCAGAUGCAGCGCGGAACAAAUUGAUAGAUUCUUACUUUUCGAACAAAGGUAUCAACUAUAAUAUCGGACGAAUUCCUAUGGCGAGUUGUGAUUUUUCAAAACGAGUUUAUUCCUAUGACGACGUUGUAGGAGAUCUUCAGUUGUCUAAUUUCUCUCUAGCUGAGGAGGACUUUAAAUUUAAAAUUCCCGCCAUUAAGGACGCCAUUACCGCGCGGGGCGGGAACAUUUCAUUAUUUGGGAGCCCAUGGAGCGCCCCUGCUUGGAUGAAAUCUAAUAAUAAAAUGACCGGAAAAGGAACACUGAAGGUAACUCCGAAAAGAGAGUAUUUCAAAGCGUGGGCCAAAUACUUUGUGAAGUUUCUUCAAGCUUACAGAGACCAAGGAGUCGAUAUUUGGGGAUUAACAGCGCAAAAUGAACCAAGCGACGGACUGAUAACGAAUUUCCCUUUCCAGUGCAUGGGCUGGACUCCGGAAAUGCAAAGAGACUUUGUUGCGCAAGACUUGGGACCCGCAUUAGAAGCUAGUGGUUUCGGCCAUAUAAAACUUAUGAUUUUAGACGAUGAUCGCUUGUGGUUACCCUAUUGGCCUGAAGUUGUUUUGAAAGACAAAAACGCCGCUAAAUAUGUUUCUGGGAUUGCCGUCCAUUGGUAUGAAGACUUGUUUGUUCCUACGAGUGCCCUGGACCUUACUUAUAAACAAUUUGGAGAGGAUUAUUUUAUUUUGAAUACUGAAGCUUGCGAACAGGACCUGAUAAAUAAGAACCGUUCGGUUCUCCUUGGUAGUUGGCACAGGGGUGAACGCUAUUUCAUGGACAUUUUGAAGGACCUAAGCCACGGAGUUUCCGGCUGGGUGGACUGGAAUUUAGCCCUGGACAGGCGGGGCGGACCAAACUGGCAGAAUAAUCUUGCUGACAGUCCAAUUAUUGUAAACGCGGAGAAAGACGAAUUUUAUAAGCAACCCAUGUUUUACGCGAUGGCGCAUUUUAGUAAAUUCGUAAAGCCUGGUGCGAAGAUAUUGUCGUUUAGCAAGAACUUUACGGAAGAUAUUGGCGUGGAGGCCAUAUUUUUUACGAAAGAGAGCGAGCAAAGGGUCGGUGCCAAUUUUGUAAACACCAACGACAACGAAACUGUAUCAAUCUCUAUAUUUGAUCCUCCAAAUGUUGGAAUGAUAAAUUUUGACCUCCCUCCGAGAAGUUUCGUAACGUUUUCUUGGUUCAGAUGGUAAACGUUAGGUCACAUUUUCUUGUUAAAGAGAGUAUUUUUUGUCACAUCAUUUGUUUUAGAGAGUAUUUUUGUCACACUUUUCUUGUUUUAGAGAAUAUUUUUUGUCACAUUUGUUUUAGAGAGUAAAAUUAUUGCCUCAUUUUCUCGCAUUAGAGAGUAAAUAAUUUAAUAUUUAUUUUGUAUUUUUCUCUAGCUUUAGGGAAAUGUUGGUGCAAAGUUUUCUGUCUACAGAAAAUAGUUUUUUACAACAUGUUAAUGGCGUAGAGAGGAAAUGUUUUCCAUGUGCAACAGUAAAAAUUCUGUUUCGACGAGAACUUGUUAUUUCUAUCUAGUUCAUAUAAUUGUGUUCCAUGUUUUGUUAAUGAUUUGAUUGAUUUUAAUUGUGGUCUAUCAGGGCUUCGGCUAUCGGACCCAUUCCCAAAGCAAAAUAUAAGAUAUUUUUCCCAAUAAAAAAAUAUAUAUGCAUUUUUUUUAAUUAAUUCUAUUAAUCUGUACUGGUUCAUUUUCAGCAUCCUAAUAAAUUAUGUUAUGUGACGUUUUUUUGGUAAUUGAACUCAGAAAUCAUUGAUUUUCAUCACUUUCAGAGAUCUGAAAUAUGAAAUAUUAUCUGUCAUGAUUUAUUGCAAUAGAUAUUUACACCUCAAGGAUUGAUAUUUCAGCCAUUGUGGGUCUUUUGAAGGGAAAAUAAACUAAUAUUAUAUCAUUUCCUAAUUCGCAGACUAGACAGCUUUUUCUCCCACAUCAGAUAAGUAGUUCCAUUAAUUUAACCAUGCUAGAAAUUCUUAUCCUGCCCACGGGCGAAGAUAAAAUGCCCGUAUGAAACUUCUUUUAUUGGUCACCAAAUUGUAAUUACCUCCCUUGUUGAAGACUGGCGUCUGUAGCGCAUCAUGGAAACCUUGUCUGGUGGCAAUAUUUAGAACGCGAGUUAUUUAUUUCUCGCUUCAAAUGUCACCAGAAAACAGUUUUCACGCACCUUUCAAGAAAUAAUGCUUCACUCUUCUUAGAACUAUUUAAAGACCGAUCAGACCAUUCACAUACUCUGAAUCACUGCGCGAAUAUCCAUGACAACCACGAAUUAUUGCAUAUCCGUACGCAAUUAUUUUUACUAAGCACAAAAGAGUUCCGGCAAAAAAUACAUUUUUACUUAAUUUUGUUUAACUGAGGUGGGAGAAAAAGCAUCUACCAUAGCCGCUCGUGUAAGAUAGGUUCAUCCCGACCCUACGCUCGGGUCGGAAUGAACCUAUCUUACACUCUCGGCCAUGGAAGAUACUUUUAUUCUUUUAACUGUAAAACUUCCCAAUUUCGGCAUUUUCACUACGCAAACUUUCCAAAAAUGUCUAGGGUCUUUUUCCCGUAAAUGGGCAGAAAAAGCCCUGUCUAUGUGCUACUAAAAUUGCAUUUUGCUUCAAAUACGCAAUAGGUUUAAAUGAUAAAAAU